GUAUACCCUGGUAUACACACUGGUAUACCCAGUAUACCCUGGUAUACACACUGGUGUACCCUGGUAUACCCUGGUAUACCCAGUAUACCCUGGUAUACACACUGGUAUACCCAGUAUACCCUGGUAUACACACUGGUGUACCCUGGUAUACCCAGUAUACCCUGGUAUACACGCUGGUAUACGCUGGUAUAUCCUGGUAUACCCAGUAUACCCUGGUAUACACACUGGUAUACGCUGGUAUAUCCUGGUAUACCCAGUAUACCCUGGUAUACACACUGGUAUAUAUAUUAAGGGUCGCAGUUGGCGGCCUCAGUGUGACGCUGGACGUCACGGAGUGCGGACGUGUGGAGAUUAGUCUCCUUCACCAAGAGUUUGUUGACCACGAAGCAGGUCCUUGGUCAUACUCAAAGCACCUAAUUUCUCUCGGGAGAUCUUCCCUGCCAAGAUGUACAUAAUUUCUCCCUUGAGGGAAUAACAUCUCUGAAGAACUUAGCGAAGCACUUUCCGUCUGGUAGCGACACCUACCAAGAUUGUCUCGUAUCUCUCACACGCACAGUCAAGUAUCAGGGACUAAGGCAGAAGAAGAUGUCCCUUUCCAGGAAGUCAUCAGCUGGGGACAUCACGCAAGGGGCAGACAUCUCAUCCUUGCAAGACAGACAUUUUUCUAGUUCCCCAGCAGACCGUGGUGCUGCUGCAGCAGGCAGUGUUGCUGUUGCAGCAGACAGUGGUGCUGCUGCAGCAGACAGUGUUGCUGUUGUAGCAGACAGUGGUGCUGCUGCAGCAGGCAGUGUUGCUGUUGCAGCAGACAGUGGUGCUGCUGCAGCAGACAGUGUUGCUGUUGUAGCAGACAGUGGUGCUGCUGCAGCAGACAGUGUUGCUGUUGUAGCAGACAGUGGUGCUGCUGCAGCAGACAGUGUUGCUGUUGUAGCAGACAGUGGUGCUGCUGCAGCAGACAGUGUUGCUGUUGUAGCAGACAGUGGUGCUGCUGCAGCAGACAGUGUUGCUGUUGUAGCAGACAGUGGUGCUGCUGCAGCAGACAGCGUUGCUGCUGCACCAGACAGUGUUGCUACAGUUAUAGUCUCUGCUGUAGGAGAAUCUGGCUUCACACAAGCCUGGGAGACGCCAGUGUGUAGCGGGUCAAGACCAUCCUUCUCAGAGAUCGUGUCAGGAUGCAAGACGCCACAUCACUAUGAUAUGCCCUCACGAGACAGGUGUUUAGUGACUCCACAACCUGUCCUCUCUGAAGACUUCCCCACAAUAGAACAAAGCCUCAGUGAGCGUAUGAGUCAGCUGAACAAGGAAUAUCCCAGGUAUCCCUCAACAGAGUCACAUACAGGCAGUGUAAGUACCUCUACAAGCUUACAAGAAGAACAAACAGGAGGCAAGAGUUCUUUACCACAAGAGGUGUACAACAGGAUGAUGAUGUACAAUUAUAUAAUUUUCGCUAAUCUACCCGUGGGCGUGCAAUAUGAACAACUUAAAGAUCACGUGCAGAAGAUGGGACCUGUGUUCCGCAUGUUCAAGGAAAGAAAUAUCUUACAUGUUACUUACCUUCACGAGAAGGCAGCAAUAAAGGCAUUUAACACACAACAGGAACUCUUAGGUCAGAGGCUGUUGGUACUGAGACCAGCACUGGAGUCAGUCUGCCUCAACCUGGGACCACUUGUACCUGACACUUCUAUGGAGGGCAGUGCGAGUGCGGUUAGUGUCGUGAGAGAUGUUCAACAACCCAUCAACUGCCAGAAGUCAGUUUCUCUUUUCCUGGGAGGACUUUCUGCCGAUACUUCUGAUGGGGACAUUGUUAGGACACUCAGUAAGUUUGGUGUUGUUAGUAGCUUUCAACACCCAGUCAAUCGCCACAAUGGUAUCCCUUACUGUUACUGCUUUGUGGAUAUUGAGGCUACGACAGCACAGAAGCUGUUGCAGCAGAAAUAUAUUUACAUCAACAAUAAGAAGAUUCAGGUAGAAAUGGCCAGGAACCAGACACAGGAACCCCGAGAUCAACCACAACCAAAACGCACAAAUGAUGAUGGUGGUCAUAAAGUUUUCCUGAGGAACCUACCCAGUGGCACCUCUUAUCAAGACGUUAGGGAACAUUUCUCUCACUUUGGACACGUGAGAAAUGUCUAUGUGAACAACAGGAAGGGAUAUGUGAUCUUCGACUCCGAGGACACACUGAAGAUGGUUGUAGCUACAACUCAUACUCUACAAGGAGUAAGAAUCAAUGUAUCCCAGAGCUACACACUACCGGAACAAAAACUGUACCUAGGCGGGUUACCACCUAACACAUCUAACUGCGCCAUUAUGCAGGAAUUAAGUCAAUAUGGCAGAGUGCUAGACAUGUGGCGACCACCGGGCCACUUUCCUGGUCAACUUGCUCCAUUCUGUUUCGUUGCAUUUGAACACGAGCGAACAGCGCAGUUGCUGCUACAACAAGGGUCUAUCAUCAUCAACGGCAAGAAGAUUGAUGUUAAGUUGUCUAACAGAGCAACUCGGAAGCAGUAACUGAUUGACUGACACACUUCGACAGUUACAUAGCUUGACUGACACACUUCGACAGUUACAUAGCUUGACGGACACACUUCGACAGUUACAUAGCUUGACUGAGACACUUUGUAAGUUACAUAACUUGACUGAGACACUUUGUAAGUUACAUAACUUGACUGAGACACUUUGUAAGUUACAUAGCUUGACUGACACACUUUGUAAGUUACAUAACUUGACUGACACACUUUGUAAGUUACAUAGCUUGACUGACACACUUUGUAAGUUACAUAACUUGACUGACACACUUUGUAAGUUACAUAGCUUGACUGACACACUUUGUAAGUUACAUAACUUGACUGACACACUUUGUAAGUUACAUAGCUUGACUGAGACACUUUGUAAGUUACAUAACUUGACUGAGACACUUUGUAAGUUACAUAGCUUGACUGACACACUUUGUAAGUUACAUAACUUGACUGACACACUUUGUAAGUUACAUAACUUGACUGAGACACUUUGUAAGUUACAUAACUUGACUGAGACACUUUGUAAGUUAUAUAACUUGACUGACACACUUUGUAAGUUACAUAGCUUGACCUCUCUGUUUAUGAUUACCAUUAUUAUUAUUAUUAUUAUUAUUAUUAUUAUUAUUAUUAUUAUUAUUAUUGUUGUUAUUAUUAUUAUUUUAUUAUUAUUAUUAUUAUUAUUAUUAUUAUUAUUAUUAUUAUUAUUAUUAUUAUUAUUAUUAUUAUUAUUGUUGUUAUUAUUAUUAUUAUUAUUAUUAUUAUUAUUAUUAUUAUUAUUAUUAUUAUUAUAAUGGAUAUAAUCACACUAUUUUUGUUAUAAUAUUAAUAAAUAAGGAACUGGUUUAGAGAGAGUAAAGUUUGUGUUGUGCUGCCCAUACGGGUUUACUACUAAUUGUUU